AUGGAAACAAGGGACCGUCUGCUGACUUUGAGUAAAAAAAAAAGUUCAAUUCAAACCACAAUCGCUAUCAUAGAUGAAAUGCCUUUGCUAGGAUUUGAACUCAGUUGCUCCACCGUGUGAUAUCAUUCAAAGUGUUCACAGAAGAAAGAAGAGGAGGAGGAAGAGGAGGAGAGGAGGAGGAAGGGGAAGAGGAGGAGGAAGGGGAAGAGGAGGAGGAAGAGGAGGAGGAGACUAAUUUGAAACUCAGUGACACUGAAACACAACAACAACAACAACAAUUACAACUGCAGCAACCUUAAAAUGGGAUGGUCAUGGUUGGACAAUCUUUGAUCACAGAAUCUGACCCAUCAAGUUUGACCUUUGACACACCUUCCAGUAAUAACAAAAACAACAACAACGGACCGAUAACAGAGUCUUUAGAUGGUUGUACUGGGUGCUAGAAAUAACAGCUAAAUCUACCUCAGAUCAGCUUUGAGUGUCUGGAAGGUACAUUGGAGACAAUGUAGUCUCAGAUGUAUUGUUUGAAUAGAAGACGGGGACAGUCAUGGCUGGAAUGGCUUUGAUUGUAGGCCUGCUGGGUCGAGACUGACCUGGGACUAAAUAGCAGUCACAUAAAAAAAAAAAAACAACAACAACAAUUGCAACUACAACAAUAAUUUGGUCAGGUGACACACUGUAGCAGUCAUGAACCACUACCAACAACAACAACAACAACAACAACAGCGAAGGCAUCCGCAGAGACAACAACAACGACAGCAACGGCCAUUGUCAGAAAAGAUGAUUGAUCUCCAUAUCUACUUGGUCCCGUCGGAGAUGUGGCGAGACAAAUACAACAACAUGGACAAUGAGGAUGUGUCCGAAAGUAUCUCCUUGGGUUUCAUCCGGAUCCAUCCGGAGUCGAGAGUUUACGAUUUGAGGGAAGAGAUUGAAAUCCAACUGAAUUCUCCGAACCUGCCACAGGAAUACGUCUUUCUCAAGAGUGUUGGCCGAUGCCUGACAAAGGUGAAACAACACCAAGAACUUCGACUGAAGGCGAAACACUUCCUCCCUCAACUGAAUUCCUCGCAGAAAUACGGCAACGAGGUGUACAUCAUUGAGACAUCGAUCAGGGGGAGUGAUAGCAGUGCAUCCAACAGCAUAUUGAUGUCUUCUGACCAGAGAAGCAGCAGCAACAAUGAUCAUGUGACAGGAGGGAAGUUCAGAUACCAGAAUGGCAACAGUAAACCAGGAAAUGGGAACAAUUACCAUUUGCCAUUUCUGCAGACAUCAGAGAAAUUGCAGAGACUUGUCCGAGUGGGACCACCACAUCAGAAUCUGAAACACAUCAAUCCAACCCCGCUUGACCCAUCCUCAAACUCAAAUUCAGAUACCUACUUAGGUUCCCCUACGUACCAGUUGGGGUCCAAACUUGUGAACGAUUCAAACUAUUACUUAGAAGAAGUUGCCAUGGGAACCAAAUUAUACUCGCCGCCAUCGCUGUCACUCUCACCGACACACCGCAACAAUCGGCGGCGUCGCCGUCAGCGCCGCAUUCCUGCAAGGUCAGUGCCGAGGAGCGACCCGGUGUCACGAAAUGUUGCUGGCAACGACGACGAUGAUGAUGAUGACAAUGAUGAUGACGAUGACGAUGACGAUGUUCUGCCUGCGAUUCACUCUUACUCUGAGCCUCCCCACUUCUCCCAUCCCCACUUCCGCUCCCCCUACAUUCACUCCUAUCCGUAUCUCAUCAACGACAUGGUGAUGCUCCCCAUGAGUCGAUCCCCUCGCAAUUCGAACCGACGAGCACGCUACAACAACAACAAAAACAACAACAACAACAGCAACAACAACAACAAGGAUUACGACGACAACAACAGCAACGACAACGGCGACACCCGGCAGAGUCGAAGUCCAAACACAAGAGCUUCUUUACCUGCUGAUCUUUCCCAACGUUCCACAAGACGAUCCAAAGAAAAGCCUAAACCUGAGGGCAACACAACAAGUGACACAAGAACCAUGACAGACGGCAAAGAAGGGGAGGAGGAUGAAGUGAGACAUAACCCAACUGAUGAGAAACGCUUACGAGAAUUGAGGGCCAGAGAGAAACUGAAGCGGGAACAGGAGGAACAAGAGAGAUGGGAGAGGUUGGACAACGAACAACAGAAUUUGGAAUUGGGGCUCACGAAGGGAGUUCAGGAAAAGCUGCAGCAGGAAGAGGGUGGCGAUGAUGGAGAGGGGCCAGGGGAGGGUCAACAGGGAGAACGUCUGUCCCCGCGGAAAAAGAACAAGGCAGAAACUGGGAAAGGGAAAGGGAAAGAGCGAGGGGAGGAGGGAGAAGAGGAAGGGGAGGACGGGGAUAACGAGAAAGAAGAGAACGGGGAGGAGAAAGCAGAGGAGGUAAAGGGAGAAGAAGCUGAAGAUGGAGUUGGAGACGGGGAAGAAGAAGAGGAAGCAGAAUUGGCAGAGAAUAACACCGAAAGAGAUUCACGGAAUGAGAACAGCUUCCGGCCGGAACCAGAUACUGAAACCACUUCCAAAAAGGGACAAUCUUUGACCCCAGCUCAGAAAACUGCCGAACCUGAAACUGCUCGAUCAAAACAAAAGAAUGAGACUGAAAAACUCCAAGAGAUGCUAGAAUCGAUUCGAGAACAACGGAAAUCAAAGGAACGGCAGAGAGAAGAAUUAGUGAAACGGGCCAAAACAUUGCAGGCCAAAAUACAGAACCGAAGAAACCAUGCGAGGGACAUUUGGAAGAAAAAAUACUACGAAGAGAAAAAGAAGACGCCACCCCUGGAAGAACAAUGCAACAAACUGCGUCACGAGCUGGAUGUGAUACAUCGUAAAUAUAUUUCUUCUCUGGAACCAGCGAAGGAGAAACCGACAAAGAUAACGACUAAGAAACCAUCUGAGAAGAACAACAUCCUUAUCCAGGCGAGCCGUCUGAAACACGAGACAGAAGAUUUACAACAUCGAGUUGAUAAUGCAAAGAUGAAGCUGACAGCUGAACUAAAGUUGAGAAACCAGACUGAAAUUGAACUGAAAGCCCUGAAAGGCGAAUUAAUUCAACAAAAGAUCAACUUGAAUUUGAUCCGUAAACAACAGCUGUCAAGCAUUAUGACCCCAGGAGGGACCCCUGCAGCCAGCCAAGAUAUGCUCAUUGCAAUCAAACAACCCAUAAUACAAACUACAAAAUGAAACAGAAACACAUCUCGAAUCAUUUGGAAAACUAUUUGUUAUAUAUGCAUACAAUACAUACAUGUAUAUAU